UUGUGAUCUGAAAUUCUAAAUUAAAUUGCAAAUUAAGAGCAGAUUAUGGUGAAUUGAACAAAAAUUAGAAUUUGACGGCUCAAACACCAAACCUACAUUAAGUCGAAAACUCUUUAAUCUUCAAAAAUCAGAAAAACUAUCAAAAAAGCUAGAAAAAAUAGCAAAAUUUUGAUAAAAUCAUGACAUCAACUGAAAGUUAUCCAAUCAAGCUAGAACCAGUAGACGGAGUGGUUCUAGAAAUUAAGACAAUCCAGACAAACAUUCAUAAAAUCAUAGCAGAUGACUACAAUGAUGAGGAAGUCACAACUUCUAUUAUUCCGAACUUCAACUUUGAUGAUGCAAACAUGAUCAAAAUGGAGCCGGCUGUCGACUACACUCUGGAAUUGGAUGAAGAUAGAGAUUGUGGGGAGAUUCAUAAGAAGCUUCACAUCCCAGUUGAGGAUCAAGGUAGCAAAAAUGUCAAAUCUACAAGAUCCAAAGGCAUAAAAAGAAGACACACAGAAAUUGUUGAAGAGAUGUUGGAUGUCAGCAAAAACGAGAGUCUUGGAGAAAGAAUCAAGAAGAAAGUUCGAAAGUCAACCACAAAAGAAGCCAUUAAGAAGAUUCCAGAGACUGAAAUUCUACCAAAAACUUUAAACAAAUCGAAUUCAAAGCUGCAAGUUAAUCAGGAAAAUUCCAACAAAAAAGUCAACAAUUCAGGAGGCAAGGAAAAGGAUUCUCGAGGUUCAAAAACUAAGUUGUCACAGAAGACAUCAGGAGCUUCAAGUUUAGACAAGGCAAAGCUUAAGAAGGAUGGCGAAGCUAUCAAUCGUGCAACUCAAAAAUCAACAAAGAACAAUCAAAAAAUUACCAAAUAUUUUGAAACUACUGAAAAAGACAAGAAACCCGAUAAAAAACCAGAAAUCCCAAAAGAUUUAAAAUCAGAAGAGCCAGAAAUCUUGAAAAACACUAAGCAGCUUAACCUUAAAAAUAGAAAAUCUUCAAAAAUUCUCGAAAGAACCCCAAAAACUGAACAAAGCUCAUCAAAAAACCCAAAAUCAUUGCAAAACUCAAACAAAUCUUCAAAAACUACCAAAAGAUCUUCAACAUCCAACAAAUCAUCACUUGCCCUCCUUAAAUCACCAAACUCCAGAAGUUCAAAGCUAAAACCUGCAACAAAACAGGAGCUUUCAAGUGACAGUGAACAUUCAGCACGAGAAACUUGCCUUGAUUCUCAAGACUCAGAAGAUCUAUCAAAAUUCACUACAAAAUCACUCGCAGAACCUCCUGAUAACCAAGAACAGCUAUCAAGUGACCUCACAGCUUCAACCAGCCUUGAAUGCAAAAAGUGCUUCAAAUUAUUCGCCACAAAACUCAAACUUUAUUAUCACAGCAAGACUCACCUCCCAAAAGACGAAUGUAAAGUUUGUGGACGAAAGAUUCAAGCUUAUUUAAUGAGUCGUCAUCUCCGAUACCACAAAGAUAACAAACCAUUCAGAUGUGAUCUGUGUCCGAAAACAUUUAUAUCGAUUGUGUCCAUUAGAAAUCAUAUGUACAAGCACACGUCAGUUAAGAAGUUUUAUUGUGAUGUCUGUGGACGUGGAUACAAUGACAGUCGACAUUUAAGGGAGCAUAAAUUAGGACAUACAAAUCCUUGUGCUUACCGAUGUGACAUGUGUCCAAAAGGUUAUGAAAGAAAGCAGGCACUUGAAGCUCACAUGCAUGCAAAUCACAUGGAAGAUACGAAAUGGUACACAUGUAAAAUCUGUGGAUAUAAGACGAAGAUGUUGACUGUCAUGUAUAGCCAUAAGAAGAGACAUGACAAGACAAUCGAAUGUGAGGAUUGUGGGAAGAAAUUCUCAAAUAAAUCGGAACUACAGGAUCACUCUUUGGCUAUUCAUGUGAAGGUUAAGAAUGUUGAAUGCACAAUUUGCGGGAAGUUCUUUGCUAGUAAGAGAUACAUGCUGAAGCACAUAAGGAGAACACAUGCUGAUCCAAAGAAGUUCAAAUGUGAAAUUUGCGAAAACACCUACAAGUCAAUCGAUGCACUGAAGCAGCACCUAAAAAAGCAUGAAUCAAGGAAGCAGAAAUGUGAAAUCUGCAAGAGAGAAGUCAAAGAGAGCUACAUGAAGAAGCAUCAAGCUUUAAAUUCAGAGUGUAGGAAGAAAUUAGAUCAAAAGAGUAAAAAUAUUAAGCAAGAUAGCAGCAGUAAUGAGAGUUAUGAGGAUGAUGAAAGUGGAGAGUAAAAAUUGAGCUUGUUCCUUCUUGUUGAUCUUCAGUUUAGUCGGUUGUUAGGUUUUGAAGUUUUUACAACGUUUGGUAAUUCCAAGAAUUGACAACUUUAUUGAAUUAAAGCUAAUUUUAAGAAUUAUGAGCUU